AUGCCAGCCAUGGACCACUCGCAGAUGGACCACUCCGGCCACAUGGGCCACGGCGGCGGCGAUGGCAUGGACGACAUGUGCAGCAUGAGCAUGCUGUUUACGUGGGACACUACCAACCUCUGCAUCGUCUUCAAGCAGUGGCACAUUCGCUCUACCCCGGGUCUCAUCGUUUCUCUCAUCGCCGUGGUGCUCAUCGCCAUGGGCUACGAGGGUCUUCGCGCCACAUGUCGCAUGUAUGAAAAGUCAAUGGAGGCAAGGGUCGAUUCCGCGCCCAACGCAUCUGAAGAAGCCGUUACUGAGACCACCCCGUUUCUUCGAUCAGGACAAAAUCGCGACCAGCUCUCCCGCCGCAGCCAUCUUAUCAAAUCUCUCCUCUACGGCUUCCAAAACUUCUACGCCUUUAUGCUCAUGCUCGUGUUCAUGACUUAUAACGGCUGGGUCAUGGUGGCCGUCUCCCUAGGCGCCUUUCUCGGAUACUACGCCUUCGGAGAUCACAUUUCGGCCACAAAGGAAACUGCAUGUCAUUAA